GGCCCUCCUCUUUCUCUUUUUUACACAAAGGUAGCGUAUUAUACACACCGUUCUGAACCUUCUGUGUUUUGUCCCAUUUAAUGACGCAUCUUGGAGAGUUUUCAGUGUUGCUGCAUAAAGAUCCACAUCCUUCGGGACAGUUACCGCUUUCCUGCCGCCUGGCCGCCCCCUCCUCCCCUGAGCCCUGAGGUCCUGCUCCUUCUCCCUCCUCGGGGCACACCCACAUCUCGGAAAGGACAGCUUGGUUUUAGGAGGUCAGUAGAAGCUCGAGGUUCGGUCUCUGUUUCCUCGAAGCCCUUCUGAUUCUAUAGCCCUUCAUCUCCUCCUUCUCCUCCUCCUCCUUCUUCUUCUUCUUCCUCCUCCUCCUCCUCCUUUUCCUUCUCCUUCUUCUUCCUCAUAAGUCUGCUUUGUUUUGAAAAGUGGCUCAUCCGUCCCCAACAUGUAGAACAGCCUCAAGUCGAUGAAACUGCAGCCGGAGGCGGUCGAAACUGGCUUUGGAUCUCAAACAAACCUGGAGGAGAGGAGCAGCCCGGGCAGUUCGGGACCUGCACACGCUGCCCCGUCCUCCUCCCUCGGGCAGAGCUUUCUGGAAAGCCGCCGCCAGGCCAGGCCAGGCCGGGGUCAGAUUGCUGGCGGCCGCUGCCUCCCAGGCCGGCGUCCCAGCCACCAGCCCGUGCACAUUUAUAGCAGCUUCCAUGUGAUCCGGGCAGACGACGCGAGUGCAGCUCGGAGCACCGGCCUCGGAGAGCCUUCCUGCCCCCCAGCCAGGGGCCCGGCGCCUCUGCUAAAACCCGCGGGACGCUGGGCACCGGGACUGGCCAUGGGCAACGAGCAGAGCGCCUCGGAGAACCAGAGGACCUCGUCAGCGCCGAGUCCGGAAUCCCUACAGCCACCCGGGAACAGUCGGAGCACAAAGAGGAAGCCGGAGGAGCAGCCCAGGAGCGCGGGCGGCGGAGACGCACCCAGCAUCCCGCACGGAGCCGCCUGCACCGCUUCUGAGGGUGCGACCGGCCUGGAUCCAGGCAUCACGUCCCCGGAGGUGACUGAGCCGAGGAAGCACCCACAGAAAGCCGGGGGCCCAGCCGGCUCUCCACUGCCCAGCCUGCCAGCACCCCGGGAGCCAGAGAGCACCCCCAGCUCCAUGCCCGGGGCCCAAGACCCCCCUGAAGCUUACUCCGUGGGCACUAUCUCUGCCAGCACCGUGGACACUCCCGCGGCCCAGGUGGGCACUCCCAUGGCCCAGGUGGGCACUAUCUCUGCCAGCACCGUGGACACUCCCGCGGCCCAGGUGGGCACUCCCAUGGCCCAGGUGGGCACUAUCUCUGCCAGCACCGUGGACACUCCCGCGGCCCAGGUGGGCACUCCCAUGGCCCAGGUGGGCACUAUCUCUGCCAGCACCGUGGACACUCCCGCGGCCCAGGUGGGCACUCCCAUGGCCCAGGUGGGCACUAUCUCUGCCAGCACCGUGGACACUCCCGCGGCCCAGGUGGGCACUCCCAUGGCCCAGGUGGGCACUAUCUCUGCCAGCACCGUGGACACUCCCGCGGCCCAGGUGGGCACUCCCAUGGCCCAGGUGGGCACUAUCUCUGCCAGCACCGUGGACACUCCCGCGGCCCAGGUGGGCACUCCCAUGGCCCAGGUGGGCACUAUCUCUGCCAGCACCGUGGACACUCCCGCGGCCCAGGUGGGCACUCCCAUGGCCCAGGUGGGCACUAUCUCUGCCAGCACCGUGGACACUCCCGCGGCCCAGGUGGGCACUCCCAUGGCCCAGGUGGGCACUAUCUCUGCCAGCACCGUGGACACUCCCGCGGCCCAGGUGGGCACUCCCAUGGCCCAGGUGGGCACUAUCUCUGCCAGCACCGUGGACACUCCCGCGGCCCAGGUGGGCACUCCCAUGGCCCAGGUGGGCACUAUCUCUGCCAGCACCGUGGACACUCCCGCGGCCCAGGUGGGCACUCCCAUGGCCCAGGUGGGCACUAUCUCUGCCAGCACCGUGGACACUCCCGCGGCCCAGGUGGGCACUCCCAUGGCCCAGGUGGGCACUAUCUCUGCCAGCACCGUGGACACUCCCGCGGCCCAGGUGGGCACUCCCAUGGCCCAGGUGGGCACUAUCUCUGCCAGCACCGUGGACACUCCCGCGGCCCAGGUGGGCACUCCCAUGGCCCAGGUGGGCACUAUCUCUGCCAGCACCGUGGACACUCCCGCGGCCCAGGUGGGCACUCCCAUGGCCCAGAGGCUGCCCGGGACACCCCUUACCUGCAUAUAG